CGGGCGGCGCGGGCUGGCUCCCGGCGGGCGGCGCUGCUGCGUUGCCCUGGGAGGCGCCGCGGGCCGGGCGCUGAGCUGCGGGCUCGGGGGUGUGAGCGGCCGGGCAGGGCGCCCCCAGGAUGCUGCGGUUCCUGCGCAGGACCUUUGGCCGGCGGUCGAUGCAGCGCUACGGGCGAGGAGCCGGGCGCGGAGGGCUCGGCGGCGAGGGGGACGAGCGGGACGGGGGGCUGCGGGGAGCAGCCGCCGUCGGCUCGGGAGGCUUCCCCUCCUCGCCGCACCCCGGAGGGGUCGCGCACAGCGCCGGAGCCCCCGUCCACAUCCCAGCGGCCGGCGGCAAUAAGCUGGUGCUGCAGUGCCGCGUCCUUCUCCUGGACGGGACCGAAGUCAGCGUGGAGCUGCCGAAAAAUGCAAAAGGACAGGAGUUGUUUGACCAGAUUGUAUAUCAUUUGGACCUUGUGGAAACUGAUUACUUUGGCCUACAAUUCAUGGAUGCUUCCCAGGUUACACACUGGUUGGACCAAUCAAAAUUCAUUAAGAAGCAAAUAAAAAUUGGACCUCCAUACACGUUGCAUUUUCGAAUAAAGUACUAUUCAUCAGAACCAAACAACCUUCAUGAGGAGUUUACAAGGUACCUGUUUGUAUUACAGCUCCGGCAAGACAUUCUUUCAGGGAAACUGAAAUGCCCAUAUGAAACUGCUGUUGAACUCGCAGCUCUGUGUCUUCAAGCUGAGCUGGGAGAGUGUGAGCACCCAGAGCACACACCAGAACUUGUGUCUGAAUUCAGGUUUGCACCAAACCAGACCGAAGCAAUGGAAUUUGACAUUUUUCAGAAGUGGAAAGAGUGCAGGGGAAAGAGUCCAGCACAGGCUGAAUUGUGCUACUUGAACAAAGCUAAAUGGCUAGAAAUGUAUGGUGUAGAUAUGCAUGUAGUUAAGGGAAGAGAUGGUUGUGAAUACGCUCUUGGACUGACACCAACAGGCAUAUUGAUCUUUGAAGGAGCCAACAAAAUAGGCUUAUUCUUUUGGCCUAAAAUCACAAAAAUGGACUUUAAAAAGAGCAAGCUAACGCUUGUGGUUGUAGAAGAUGAUGAACAGGGCAGAGAGCAAGAGCACACAUUUGUUUUCCGGUUAGACAGUGCCAAAACGUGCAAACAUUUGUGGAAGUGUGCAGUGGAACACCAUGCUUUCUUCAGAUUGCGAGCCCCAGCAAAUAGCAAAUCUAAUAGGUCUGACUUCAUAAGGCUGGGAUCACGCUUCAGAUUCAGUGGGAGGACAGAGUAUCAAGCAACACAUGGGACAAGGUUACGCAGAACUAGUACAUUUGAAAGGAGGCCCAGCAAGCGAUACCCUUCUCGAAGGCAUUCAACUUUUAAGGCAAACAAUCCUGUGAAAGCAGCACAACUGUGUGCUAAAAAUACUCCUGAAGUCCAUAACUACCAGCCCCCGUAUCAUCCUAAUAUACUUCCUGCUCAGCCACACUGGCAUCCACAUACACCUGUGAAUGUAAGGCCACCCUAUCAUGAUGACAGGCCAUAUUGGAAACCCCCCACAAGUGGAGAGGACAGCAAUUUACGAUAUAUCCAGGAACAGAACCAGAAGAAUUUAGGAGGCGUCCAAAGCAUGGUGUACCAAGAUAAACUCAUGACGACACUCUGAAAAACAGCCAUCUUCAUUUCACCUGCCAUCUCAGACGAUCAUUGCAUUCCAUGGUCCUUGUCUGUCUGCAGUACGUUCAAAGUGUAUUGUGCAUAAUGUGUGUGUCUUUGUAUGUACAUCCAUCCUUGUUUAGUGUUCAUGGACAUCCUUGGGAAAAGUAUUUUCCAUAUCUUUGUAAAAAAAAAAUCUUGAAAAACCUUUUGUGAAAGCUGGUGAGAAUUUCCAGUGCCCCAAGACCAGAAAUAUUUCUGGGGAUUUACAUUCCACCAUACUUUGGAAUCUGUGACACUCUGCCUGCUGGUGAAGAUCAGCCAUUUGUGCCUUAGUUAUUUUAUAUCAUCUUGGGGUUUUUUGAGUCAAAUUAAUAGGUGAAGUUUG